GACGAAGUCGCUGGCGGCCACUAGUUCCUAAUAUUUUUGUAAUAGCAACAAAUUACCUUCCUACAAAUACAAACAUUAGGUUUGAUAAUACUAUUUAAACAAAAGGUAUCUACUAAAACUUGUAUUUGAUGUCACACCAGUCAAGGCCAAAGGUCGAUGGUUCUGUGAUACAGCGUAAUAUGGUUUACAUAAUUGCCUACUGAUAUUACAAGUUUGUCUGUGUUUUGUUGAUAAAAACUUAUUUUGAGUCUGAUAACCGUACUUCAACUGAGACAUGUUAUUUGUCAAUAACAGAGCUAUAUAAAAAGCAGGAUUAAUAUAUCUUUUUAGUAUUGCUGUUGAUUACGUACAGAAACAAUGAUUGUUGUUAUAUUAUUAUUUGUGGUGAUUUGUGUUUUGACGUUUGUUUAUCUUAAAGGACUGUAUAAUGAGAACUACUGGAAAAAGCGAGGAGUGAAAUUUGAUGAUAGGAAUAAAUUGAUGGGUCCUUUUUGGGACUUCCUUGUUAGUGACAGAUCGAUGUUUGAGAUUAUGGCGGAUUUGUAUGCAAAGUAUCCUGAUGAACCAGCUGUUGGUUUUGGAACAAUAACUUCACCUGCCUUAUACGUCAAAGAUGUGACGAAUGUCCUAUAUGUGUUGCAGGGACCCAUGUUUCUUGAUAGAGGAGUUAAUUAUCUUGCUGACGAUUACUUGGCAGACAACAUACUCUUUAUGAGUGGCGCUAGAUGGAAGCUCAUGAGACAAAAGAUGACUCCACUAUUUACGUCUGCAAAGUUGAAGAACAUGUAUUAUAUCAUAGAUAAGAGCGCUUUGGACUUUAUUGACUACUUGAAUAAAAACCCUGCAAAACUGAAGGCUAAGGACACAUUCGAUACACUGUCUAUGUUCUGCAGUGCUGCUGUUGGAGCUGCUGUUUUUGGAGUUAGCACUAAAUCAAUUUUCGAUUCACCAUUCCUGGAAAUGGCUAGAGAUGCAUCAAAGCCCACAUUUAAGAGUAAUAUGAAGUUUACUCUUGCAAGCAUAGCUCCAAAACUCUUCCAGGCAUUUAAAAUGCGAUUUUUUAAAGAGUUUGAGCCAUUUUUCAUCGGUGCAAUAAAAAACGUUUUAAGACAACGUGAACAAGAAAAUGUGAAGAAGCAUGACUUUGUUGACAUCUGCUUGAGUAUCCAGAAGAAUGGUGUUAUGAAGAAUGAAGACGGUAGCCUAAAGAUGGAACCGACGGACGAGCUGUUGGCUGCUCAAGGGUUCUUUUUCUUUAUUGCAGGUGUAGAGCCAGUAGCGACUGCUGUUUUUAGUGCUAUGAUUGAAGUGGGCAGACAUCCUGAAAUUCAAACAAGGCUCCAGGAGGAAAUAGAUUUCAUUUUCGAUAAGUACGAUGGUCAAUUAUCAUAUGAUGCUGUUUCUGAUAUGGAAUACCUGGAAAGUGUGAUUAAUGAAGCUCUGAGAAUGUAUCCUCCGAUUGGUAUUUCAACACGACGGUGUAUGGAAGAUACGGUAUUACCUGUAGGCAAUAUUAAAGUCGAGAAGGGUACUGCCGUAUUCCUUCCCGUUUACGAGUAUCAUCAUAAUCCCGAAUUCUACGAGAAACCUCAUGUUUUCGAUCCUGAUCGAUUCUCUGGCGAUAAACAACAACUUGGUGUUCUUUACCAACCUUUUGGCUUUGGAACUAGAACAUGUAUUGGUAUGCGAUACGCAAAACUUCAAGCGAAGUGUAGUUUAGCUCAUAUUAUUCGUAAUUUCGUGUUGAAAACUGUUAUUGGUAAAGGUGGAAUAAAGUUUGGUAAAGAUCAGGUACAGUUGCGAUUAAAAAAUGUACACGUUGAGCUCAAUCACAGAAAAACAAAGUUUUCAUAAAGUACAUAUACAUUUUUUUUUACUUUUAUAGAAUAUUUUGUAAGUUAAAAAUACUGUUUGCAUAUUUUGUAUUAUUGAUUGUGAUGGAUAAUAUUUUAUUUUUUAGCUUCAAUCUGCUAGAUACCUGAGUGGAUCGCAAUACAGAAAAAAAGUUGUCAGUGUGCAAAAAAUUUUGUCUUCUCUACGGC